GAUUCUUCCGUGUGCCACCGCCGCCGCCUUAGCUUAGCUGCUCUUGCCACUUCUGGGCUGCACUGCCGGCGUUAGCCGCGCGAGGGAAAGGGAGGGGACCGACGGAGCGUGCGUGCGCGGGGGUCCCCGCAGUCCCAGCAGUUCCUCUCGCGCGGGGUGGGCGGCGGGGGUCAUCAGCAGUCUGGGGAGGCCCUAGACGGCGCCAUGUCGGCGGGCGGCCCGUGCCCGUCAGGAGCCGGAGGGGGCCCCGGGGGCGCCUCCUGCGCCGUGGGGGUCUCCCCCGGCGGGGUAUCCAUGUUCCGAUGGCUGGAGGUGCUGGAGAAGGAGUUCGACAAGGCCUUCGUGGAUGUGGAUCUGCUCCUGGGGGAGAUCGAUCCGGACCAGGCGGACAUCACUUAUGAGGGGCGACAGAAGAUGACCAGCCUGAGUUCUUGCUUUGCGCAGCUUUGCCACAAAGCCCAGACUGUGUCCCAAAUCAACCACAAACUAGAGGCACAGUUGGUAGAUCUGAAAUCUGAACUGACAGAGACCCAGGCAGAGAAAGUUGUGUUGGAAAAAGAAGUCCACGAUCAGCUUUUACAGUUGCAUUCUAUCCAGCUUCAGCUUCACGCUAAAACUGGCCAGAGUGUUGACUCUGGUACUAUUAAGGCAAAACUGUCUGUCCCCUCUGUGGAGGAGCUGGAGAGAGAGCUUGAAGCAAACAAAAAAGAAAAAAUGAAAGAAGCUCAACUUGAAGCUGAAGUGAAGUUGUUGAGAAAAGAGAAUGAAGCCCUUCGUAGACAUAUAGCUGUUCUACAGGCUGAAGUUUAUGGGGCAAGACUGGCUGCCAAGUACUUGGAUAAGGAACUGGCAGGAAGGGUCCAGCAAAUACAGUUACUAGGACGAGAUAUGAAGGGACCAGCUCAUGAUAAGCUUUGGAACCAGUUGGAAGCCGAAAUACAUUUACAUCGUCACAAAACUGUGAUCAGAGCCUGUAGAGGACGUAAUGACCUAAAACGACCAAUGCAAGCCCCUCCAGGCCACGAUCAAGACUCUUUAAAGAAAAGUCAAGGUGUUGGUCCAAUUAGAAAAGUUCUCCUCCUUAAGGAAGAUCAUGAAGGCCUUGGCAUUUCAAUUACAGGUGGGAAAGAACAUGGUGUUCCAAUCCUCAUUUCUGAGAUCCACCCAGGGCAACCUGCUGAUAGAUGUGGAGGGUUACAUGUUGGAGAUGCUAUUCUGGCUGUUAAUGGAGUUAACCUAAGGGACACAAAGCAUAAAGAAGCUGUAACCAUUCUUUCCCAGCAGAGAGGAGAGAUUGAAUUUGAAGUAGUUUAUGUGGCUCCUGAAGUGGAUUCUGAUGAUGAAAAUGUCGAGUACGAAGAUGAGAGUGGACAUCGCUAUCGUUUGUACCUUGAUGAGUUGGAGGGAGGUAGUAAUUCUGGUGCUAGUUGCAAAGACACAAGCGGGGAAAUCAAAGUGUUGCAAGGAUUUAAUAAAAAGGCAGUAACUGAUGGACAUGAAAAUGGAGACCUAGGAACUUCAACUGAACCUCCUGUAGAAGACAGUACUUCUAAACUAGAAGAUCUGCACAGUCUGUAUCACAAAAAAUCUUACUAAAUUGACUUUAUCUGCAGACGAGAUUGUUAAUCAGACUCUUCUGAGUUUGGGGCACUAGGGAAGCCGGUGACAGAGACAGAUUAUAUGAGAUCAAGGGAGGCUUGUGGCCUAAAUGAAAGGCGGGCACCUCAGGGCUUCAUGUGAACAAUUCUAAAUGCAUAAAACUCCCUGUUUUCUGUGGUAGACCAUAACUAGCUAUUGCAUGUAAAGCGAUUUUGAUUUUCCUAAAAUUGUAAAGCACCAAAGCAUGUGUUUCCCAAAGGGAUAUUACUAGGCUCUUAAGUACCAAAUGAAGCACCACUGUUUUAUUUGGCUCCUUUUCCAUUUAGUAGAAGGACCAUGCUAACCGGAAUUUAUAAGAAAUAACCUUUAAAUACGAGAAUAAAUAUAUAUUCCAGAAUGUUAAGUGUGGUAUUUCAGAGGACAGAACUUAACUCAAUGAAUUGCAGAAAUGUAGGCUUGACUUAAUUUUUUUUUAGCUCAAAGAAUGGUUUUAGUUUUUUUACUUAAUUUAUUGUGCAUCCUGAUAUCUAAAUCAGUUCUUAAUGAUCAUUUAGUGUCAUGAGUUUGCCUUUCAGCUUUAUUCAAUGCAGUACAUAAUAGUUUUCUUUAAGCAAUCCUUUAUCAAUCAAUGCUGCACUAGAAAUACUUUCUGAAAAGUUAUUGUACAUUGUACUUUCCUGGUUUUUAAAAGAAAUGCAGAUGAGUGUAAAAUAUCUGUUCUCAAUUAUGUUGAUCUGUGUGCCUGGUAUUGGAGCAUUACAUUAUUAAUGUUUAGACUCAGAUGUCUUUUUUUUUCUAGAAUCCACGAAAGACAGUUUUAUACAUUUUGAGUUGUUCAUAAAGUUUGUCUUCUUGUGAUAGUCUUGGCACUUAAAGAUACAUUUUUUUUGGCAGUAAAAGCUCAACUUUGUCAGUGAAAUACAUUUCAUCUGAACAGCAGUUUUCUCUCAGAGUAACUAAUUUGCCAAUCAUCUAAAAAGCCAAGGCACUGGUGGGUAAGGUAAGGCAAAGACAUUUUGAUAUAGGAAUUGUUUGGUUGGCUUUUCAUCUCAGUGUUUGACUGAAGUGCUCUCGUAUGUAAACUACAGAUUUGUUUGUUCUCAUCCCAGGAUUAAGCCUGGAGGGCCACAUAAUACCUUGGUGGGGAAAGUGAAAACACUGCAUUUAAAGAGGUGAUAGUUUUGCCAAUGUCAAGGUUUUAAAGGAUGUAUGUUUAAGGGAAUAUUAAGUGGAGGAAAGCCUACAGGCUUUUAGAGUAUUAUCAGUACCUUCAUGUGUAAUAGUCAGAUGUUAUGUGAUAUAAAACACAUUUUUUUCUUUUCUAGAUGCACUAUAUAUUUGUUCAUAGAUAAAUCUAUACAAUGUAUAUACUUUAUUUGGUGGUUUUGCUAUUUAUAAAUUUUAUGUUUUAACUAUUGCUCCUUUAUGGUUUGUUUUGGGUGGUUUUGUUCAUCUGUAUUAUCACCAUGUUAGUUUAUAAUAGAAAUGCACUUCCUAGUGUAUAUUGUUACUGAUAUUAAAAUAACUUGUAGUGUGACGUUGCCUCCAGGCAGAAGUUAGUAUUUAAAUUGUACAACCAAAUAAGCAAGCUACAUGUUAUUGUUUGCUCCUGACAGGCUAGGCCUCUUAAAAGAAGAAGAGUCUUUCCCUUAUGUAUUCCCCCUACACCAAACACAUAACCCAGGAUUGACAUAGGAUCUGCAGACUGGAUUUUAGUCAGUAUAUUAAUUUAGCCAAAAAAAAAAUUUCCAUUGUAGCGUAUCUGAAAACAUUUUUGUUGUGACUCAAAAACAUGUUCUUCUUUUUUUAAAACACAGCCUGGGAUAGGAUGACCAUGGCAUUUUUUUCAGAGAAUAUCCUUUAUCCACUAGAUAGAAUCCUUAGGAAAUCUUAGCUAAAACCUUUUGAUUUUCAGGAACAAUCUAAAAAGUCAACAAGGGGUUUUUUAAGAGCCUUGAGCUGUAAUUUCUACUUUGAUGUUGCAUAAUAUAAAUCAUAUGGGAUGGUUAUGACUUAAUAAACUUUCAAGGCUGAAGAGCAGAAUGAAAAUUUUCCCCAGUAGUUUCAUUCCUGCUUCACCUGGUUUGCAAAGGUGAGAGUCCUGUUGCUCAGCUGCUACCGUGAGCUUCCUGGCAGGUGUUUAGAAAGUACCCAGUUAAAAAGUCAUUUUAGAAUAUAUGGUCUCUGGGGGAGGAGCUAAGAAUUAUAAACUAAUGAGAAGCAGUUUUUAUAUUUUCACACUUACAGGGAAGAAAUUCCUAAUACUCAAGUUUCUAGGGCAAAACCAAACAGAAAAGAACUGUUGCAAAGCCAUUACAGUUUAAAAGGAAAAAGAAAAACACACAAAUUCACAAGCGAAAUAGCUGAGGAAAAAUGUUCCACAGAAUGUGAGGGUUGUGUGUAUGUGUGUAGAUAUAUUUACAUUGUAGCCUCUGAAAUUCUCUUUUGUGGUAUCUGUUGUGAGUAUGAUGGAGCAACAACAUUUGAGAUUGGAGGCUUGUUAAAACAGGUUUAAGAGAGAUGAAAAUGUUGUGAGUCUUGGUAAUUAUAACCGGACAGUUGUCAAAAAGUAACAGUGUGCCUGGUGCUGGUUUUCUUCCCCCACACAGUGGACUUACUUUGUUUUCAUGUUAGAAACAAAAUAUAUUGGUUAGUGUGUAAGCCGCACAUUAUUUGACAUCUGUGUUAUGUAAUCCACCAUUUUCCACCUAUUCAGUCUUCCACUUAGGGUUGGCCUCAGAUCGAUAGGAUUUAUGACAAAUGUAUUAUAUCUAGUUAAGUUGAGUUUAAUAUUUUUUUAUUGGCCUGUAAAUAAAGAUGGCAUCUUCUACAUUAAAA